AUGCAGAAAAGAGCGCUAGUUUUUUCCGGGCAGGGAUCCUAUCGCAAAGGCAUGUGUCUGAAUCUGAUCAACACCCGCAGGAUGUUCGUUCUGUGGGAUGAACUGCAGGAUUGUAUGGUGCAAAACUACGGUAUUUCCCUCCAGACGGUCAUUCAGGAGGACCCGACGAAGUUGUGGAUGUACAAAGACGCCUUGGAUGUAGCACACGUGCUGCGCCGCUCAUGCAAGACGGUCCAAAAUGUCACAGAGUCGACACCCAAGUCGCACCUGGUGGAGAAUUCCAACGGGGUCCUGUCCUUGUCCUACAUCACCCAGCCCUGUGUGCUGGCCGCGCAGCUGUUACUGCUCGAGAAGCUCCAGGAGACGUUGCGGGUGGACCUGAGCGCCUACGCGAUGAUCGCGGGGCAUAGCCUGGGUGAGCUCACGGCACUCUGCGCGCUUGGGGUGUUCCGGGCCACGACCGCGCUGAAUUUGGUCUUCCGACGUGGACUUUUGAUGGAGAUGGCGGUUGCGCACCACCGGCGAUCGCACCACCUGAUGUACGCCUGCAGUCCUCUCCACGCCAGGCUUCACGACGACCCCGAGACGGCUGACGACCUGUUUUUCCUCCUCGUCGAGCUCGUCUCGACGGCCUUGUCGACAACGACGUCGUUCGUCGAGGUCGUGAAUUUUAACAUGCCGCAGCAGCAGUACGUCGUGGCGGGGGAUGUCGUGGCUUUGGCCGUGUUGGGGAAGUGCCUGGAUCCGCAAUUUCGCGCGAACUGCUUGCACCCUACCACACUUGACGGAAUCGUGCGGGAUGCUCUUCGUUCGGCACGUCUGGAUCUGAACGAUGGAAUUCACUACAACCCCCAUCACGAGAAGCCGUCUGUGGACUUCGCAACCUCGGCACGCAAAAAGUAUGGCAGUCGAUCAACUUUCCGACGCUUUUUGGAGGGCCCCGACGACGGCCACACCCCUCCGCCAGAAAAACUCACAACCCUAACCUUGGAGGACGAAGGACGCAGUGGUUUGAAAAGGAAAUCUUGGUUUGUCCCACUUCGCGUCGAAAUCCCUUUUCAUUCAAGCAUACUUAGGCAAUGUUCAGACCGUUUUUUUGAUAUCGCCCGUGAGGCGCUUCCCGAAGAACAAGAGCUUCGGAAAAUACUUUCCGUUUCGCCCUCCGAAACAGACUCAAAACGUCCUCUAUGGGUAACAAAUUUAACAGGCCGUAUAUUUAACCCAUUUGAUGAAACAUUCCGUGAGGAAACCCGAGAUGCUCUCAGGUCUUUGAAUAUUGGCGAAAUACGACACAAAGGACGGUACACCAGUAAUCUUCUCUCCGAUGCAUUUGAAGAAGGCGCUAAUACCAAUAGUGUCGUUACCAUGUGUGCCGCGAUUCUGGCUAGUCAAAUAUCGCAUCCCGUCAUGUGGAUCGAUUCGAUGGAGGAGAUGAUUCUCCACGAGGAUUGCCGCGUAAUCGACGAAAUAUCCCCUGUUCGCUGCAUGGUGGAUAUGUUUAAACGUACUAAUUUCAAGGAUAAGAUGGGUAAUUCGAUUGAAAUCAAAUCAACGUCGUACAACAUGAAUACCAUUUUUGAAUAA